AUGGGUCGCUCUCAGGAGCUCAUUCAAUUUAAGUGUGGUAUCGUGAUAGGUUACCACCUGUGCAAUAAGCCCAUCUGUGAAAUUUCCUUGCUACUAAAUAUUCCACAGUCAACUGUUAGUGGUAUUAUAACAAAGUGGAAGCAAAUUGGAACAACAGCAACUAAGCCACAAAGUGAUCAGUGCGCAGAAGUCGCCAACUGUCUGCAGAGUCAAUAGCUAAAGACUUCCAAACUUGUUCCAGAAAACUCUUAAGGCAUCAGCAUACCAAAACAUUUUGGACAAUUUCAUGCUCCCAACUUUGUGGGAACAGUUUGGGGAUGGC